AUGCGUUUCACAAGUGUUCGCAGAGCGCCGAGAGCGAACCUCACCGGCUUCAACCCCAAAGACUUAGCGGCAGCAUCUGGUGCACCAGCAAACGACCCGUGGGCAAGAAGGGAGGCGUGGCGAUACAGCGGACCUUUCACUCGAUGGAAUCGAUUCAGAGGCAGUUUUCCCGGAUUGGGCAUCGCGACGGUGGCAUUUGCAGCGUAUUGCGGAUACGAAUAUAUGUUCUUGAAGGAUGACCAUGGAAGUCACAGUGAUCCUCAUCAUUAG